AGGGAACUGAGGACCGUUCAGCAGAGACUGCAGCAAUUCCGACAGAUCUUCACAGACGGUGAUGACGGGGAGCGCUGUCCGUCUCAGGCCCAGGUGGAGCUCUCUCUGCAGGGAUUGUUAAGCUCUCUUGAGCCCCUCCUCCAGAGGUACCCGGCUGUCCACUCCCAGUCCGUCCGCAGAGCCAUCGCCGCUGUCCGCCACUCCGCCAACGAGCUGAACUGUGAAGCUGGCGGCAAGGAGAAGUCCAAGAGAUACAGUGAGAUCUUCAGAGAUUUCGACGCCCUGGAGAUCUGCAUUGGGAACUCGGUGGUGGACAUUCUUCUGGGGGACGCUGACACCCAGUCAAUAUCCACGACGGCCUCCUUGGAGACGCAGGACACAGACGAGCUGCCAUCCGAUGAAGGUUUCUGUGUGGAGUACAGGACAGACUGUGAAGACAAGGAACUCUCUGUCAUUACAGCUCAGAAUGCCGACGCUGCUUUGCUGCGCAGUGAGGGGGGCGUGGAGACCGCGCUGCUCUACGCCAAGCUGUGGUGCAAAUACGCGAAGGAGCUGCUCACCUGGAUGGAGAGGAGACUCAGUCUGGAAUUGGAUUUUGCCAAAAAUAUCAUUAAAACUGCUGAGACUGCCAAGUCAUCCGUCGCUCCACAGGAGUUCAUGCCUCUGCAGUACAUCUAUACGAUGGCUCUAGAACACGAUGUCAAGAGCGGGAAUUCGGCCAAGGAGACUGGAGACCUCCUGCAGCAUCGCUGCAUCCAGGCCCUGCAUGCCAAGAGGAAUGAGAUUGAGAAAUGGCGCAAGGAGUUCAAGGAGCAGUGGAGCCGCGAGCAGAGGAGAAUGAGCGAGACGGUGUCCUGUUUGAAGAAGGCUCGUCAGCAGUAUGUGCAGCGCUGUGAGGAGCUGGAAAAGGCUCGUGUGAGCAGCGCCCGGGCGGAGGAGGAGACGGGGGCAGCGGGCAGCGGCAGCAAGACUCUGGAUAAGAGACGGCGCACACAAGACGAGGCUCACUGCAAGGUUCAGGAGGCGACGGCUCACUACAAAGCAUGUGUGACCGAGGCCAACACCCGACAGCAAGAGCUGAGCAAAGUGAAGGAGAGGAUCGUCAGCCACGUCCGCAAGCUCAUCCUCCAGGGGGACCAUGUGCUGAAGGAGGUGACCGUGAACAUGUUCCACUAUCAGAGGCUGCAGAUGGAGCCGGCUCCCCAGGGCUUCCUGAACCUGGAGCUGACCUGCAGACCCUGUGAGCCGGGGGAGACCUACCUGUCCUUCAUCCAGAAGAGGAGACUCCGGGACCUGCCUGUAGAGAGAUUCUCCUUCCAAGAGGCCCUCCCACAGGGAAAGAGGUCGUCCUCCAGUGGCCAUCAGAAGGUCUGCAGCAACCAGCCCAGCCCUGUGAUGGACAUGUCCCCCCUGCCUGAUGAGACUUGUGGAAGGAGCUCAGUGGGGACCAGGCCAGGCAGCGGUGAUGCCGAGAGCUUAGGGGGCAGCUUCGAGUCUCCACUCUCCAGCCCAGCUCACAUGGGUAGGAAGCUGUGGAAGACGCCCUCUACUGGCACCAUGUCCUCGGAGGACCUGGAGGAGAAGGAGGCGGGGCAACAGUACGAUGGAGAAUCAGGGGAUAAUUACGGUACUCUUGGAAGCCGCUUGAAGAAGGUGUCUCUGUCCAGAGCAGCACAGACGCACCGCCUGCGCAAGUCCAAGGGAAAAAUGUCCAAGUGCCGGCAGUGUGACAACUACAUCUACAUGAGCGGGAUUGAGUGUGAGGAGUGUAAUCUGGCGUUCCACCGGAAGUGUCUGGAGCUGUGCGUGCAGGAGUGCGAGGACCGGAAGCUGGGGGCGCAGGGGGGGGUGUUCGGGGUGGACUUCGCUCUCGUCCCCCGCGGAUUCCCAGAGGAGGUCCCCUUCAUCGUGCGCCGCUGCACUGCUGAGAUUGAGAGCCGAGCCCUGGGGGUGCAGGGAGUGUAUCGGGUUAGUGGUGCUAAGCCCAGGAUACAGAAGCUGUGCCAAUCCUUCGAGAGCCAGCGGGAGCAGGUGGAGCUAUCGGAACACUCGCCUCAUGACAUCACCGGUGUCCUCAAGCACUUCCUCAAAGAGCUGCCGGAGCCGGUAGUGGUGUUUGACCUCUAUGACGAGUUUAUGGCCCUGGGGAAGGACAUCCAACGUGUGAGUGAUGGGCAUGACUCCCCAGAGGCUGCUGGGAUACUGGACCUGAGCGCACGAGACCUGCUGGGCAAACUGCCGGCAUCCAACUACAACACACUGAGACACAUCAUUGCACAUCUCUACAGGGUCUCUGAGCAGUUCGAGGAGAACAAAAUGUCCCCCAGUAAUCUGGGCAUCAUCUUCGGGCCCACCCUGCUUCGCCCCCUGGUGGCGGGAGAGGUGUCCAUGAUGGCUCUGCUGGACUCUGGAUACCAGGCCCUGCUGGUGGAGUUCCUGAUCUCUCACUACGAGAGCGUGUUCGGGCUGGACGAGCUGCCCCGCUCCUCCCCGGUGCUGGCAGGGGGAGAGGGGGCGAGGGACAGGCAGGCACAGCGCCCGCGCUCCUUAGAGAGCCUCCCGAUGAAGCGAGACUCGAGCGAGGGCUAUAUAUCCGACAAGUCGUCUUCCAAUGAGGCGGUCGAUCAGCUCAGCCCAGACACCAAUGAGAGAGCAGUUGUCGACUCAGCUAUGACCCCAGCACUGGCUUCCACAGAGGGGGCAGACGUAGAUUCAGUGUCAGCGGGAAGCACUCAGUCCAGGGGGCACUUCAGCCGUCAGCCCAUCAAGUACCAGCGGCAGCCGGUGCCAUCUAGAAUCCUCCCGGUGAUCCUGAAGGGCAGCCUGCCUCGGAUCCCCUCGGAGCUGCAGAGCGAGGACAAGUCCUCCCUCGAGCGCAGGGCCAGGCCAGGCAGCAGGAGCUCCACCCCAGAGCGCCCCAGGCUGGAGAUCACACAGGAAACUGCCAGGCUUCUCUGCAAGGCCCAUGGGGAAGGGUCCGGGAUCAGACUUCUCCAGGACACAAGCUCUGAGGCCAGCAAGGAGGAGUGGAAGCCAGCAGGACACGACCAGGCUGAACAGCCCUGUGAGGAAUCGCAGGUGGAAGGCCUUGCUAUGUGUAAUAACAACCAAUCCAACAGUAACAGAGUGUGUGCUGGAGAUGGGAACCCUGUGGAGCAGAUCCUGUCUGGACUGAGGCUUCGACAGACUGACACAGCCGAGGGCAGGCAGCUCCAUUUCAUGUGAUCAAAGAGUGGAAACUCGAGCACGCUUGGGUGUAAAUGGGUCGUCCUGUUGAGCAAAAUAAAUACUGUUCUCUGUAGACUGGAACACUUCCUGUGAAACUUCUUCAGCCUUGAAGGAAUUAGUCACUGAUUAUUGACAAAAGGUCCCUUCAGAAUUAUUUAAAGACUCAAACUCGAUAUGAACUGUGUUAGACUGUCGCAGACUUACUUAACCACAGUCUGGGCCAGAAUACGUUCUGUACUUCACAUUUUGUUUAAGAAUCCAGACCCUUUUAGCUCUCUGGUUUGUUUUCUCUGUGAACUAAACUUCCACCCUUCCUUCUCCUGGCUGCAGCAGCCCGGGGCGAUCGCAUGAAUGCCAUUCGGAGGCUUUUGCUUCAACUCACUGCAGGUGUGUUUUGUACUGUGCUCUGAUCUUACAAGAAACACCCCCUUAGUAAAUGGAGAUUUGGGAAACGACAGCAUUAGCUGAUUCAAAAUUAGGGAUACUCAGAUAUUUAGUUCACUAGCGGCCUGAUAAAUGAUAAGUGACAAUAGCCUUCCUACACCCAGUGUUCAUUCCUGUAUGAAAUGUUACAGCACCCCGAAAAUGCAACGAACUCCUCUGAAUUCUGCUGUCUGUAUGUUAUUGUUUAUAAUAUGUGUUUUUCCAUGAAGAAUAAAAAUGACCUCUGAAUGUAAAUUGCAAUCGGAGAACAAAGGAAGGGAAAUAUGUGGAGCUGAAUUGGAAUAAACAUUCCCUGCA